AUGAAUUUUAACUUAUUACCUAACGAAAUCUUACUUAUUUUCUUCGAAUAUUUGAAGGGCAAUGAUCUUCUUCAUACAUUUUAUGGUCUCAAUGCUCGUAUCAAUGCUCUUCUCUACAAACAAUAUCGAUGUUAUUUCUUCAAGUUCUCGUCACUGUCCAAACGUAAUUUUGAUCUAUUAUGUCAACAACAUAUACCAAUGAUCACUGAUCGCAUUCUUGCUCUUCAUCUUUCCGACUCUGAAUCGACUCCAGGACAAAUCAAUUUAUUUUUUUCUUAUAUACCAUCAUUCAGACAAUUCACUCAUUUACAUUCACUUUCAUUAUAUCGUCUUCAUUCAAAAGAAAUUCUACUAAAAAUCUCUAUUGAAUUGCAUCAUCUUGUUCAACUUACUCAUUUAAAGUUCGACUUUUGUUGUAUUCCAGAUUAUGAUGAAACGGAUUUCGAAUUGCUGACGAAUAAUAUUUGGAACCUGCCAAAUUUAACUCAUUAUUAUUUCGAAAUUCAUAACAAAAGACAACAAUCGUUCAUUAUACCGUCAAAGAUCUCGUCAUCACUUAAAUAUUUAUCCAUCAAUACCGAGCAAUUAAACUGGGAUUCAGUCAAUCGAUUGCUUCAAUAUACACCUAAUCUCGAAUAUUUGCACGGACAUAUUUAUUCUUUUGACGAUGAUGACAAUUAUAUAGGAUCGUCUUUUUCAUCAUUGACCAAUUUAAACAUUGUUAUUACGGCUCAUCCAUCAAAAAUCAUCUCAUUUUUACGGAAUAUACCGAAUUUAUAUCGGUUGGAGAUUAGUACGGGAGAUUCCCAUUUCAUUGAUGGUCAUCAAUGGGAAGAUCUUAUACGUAACUAUUUACGAAAACUGAGAACAUUUGAUUUGUCAAUGAAAAGUUAUUCAUCUAUUACUCGAUCAAUGACAGAGGAACAAAUUGAUGAAUUAAUGAAUUCAUUUCGAAGUUCAUUUUGGAUUGAUGAACGUCGAUGGUUUGUUCAAUGUAUAGGUGAUGAACACUGUAUUCGUUUUGAGACUGUGUCGAACGCAUUUUAUUCUAUUGGUGACAAGCUUCCUAGUGUGUUCAAAUCAACAGAUCCACAAGACAAUAUUGAAAGACUUUAUACUACUACGUGUAGUAUCUCGGAUGUGGAACGUCUCGAUCAGCUAAUUCCAUUGAAGAUUUGUAUUCCAAACAUUUAUUCACUUACAAUAAAAUAUCCUAUCAAUGAUCAAUACUGGACGAUGAUUCCAAAUUUACAUAAAGUCUCAUCACUUACGUUAGAUUUCUCUACCGAUUUUCCACAAUCUGAAUUGCAAGUUUUUCUCAAUCGAAUGCCUCAUCUUCGCAGAUUGACUCUUCAUCAAGAUGCGUCAUUACCUUUGCCAAUGUCAUUAUUCAAAUGUACAUUUUCAUCAUCAAUUCAUUAUUUGUAUUUACAAAAUUGUAAACAUUUUUUCAGUGAAGAAGAUUGUAUUAUAUUAAGUCAUUCUUCAUUGACAAGUCAUUGUAAACAACUUGACAUUCUAGUGAAGAAUCGUGAAAGUAUUACGAUUCUUGUGAACAACAUGACCAGUCUCUGUACAUUACGUGCUCGUUUUACGGAUGAAAAAAUCUGUGACAUUAGUCCUCCAAUAAUAUGUAACAAUGUUGUCGAUAAAAUUAUCCUAUGCACAGAUGCAGAUAUUCUAUGGUUAACUGAUCAAUUACCAUCAACAUGUGCAAUAAGUAGACAUCCGUUUUGUGUUAAUCACAUUCGGAUAUGGAUUAAAUAA